UGUACUUCUCAGGAAUUGCACCACCAUAUUAUAUUAUUAUUACAACAUACACCUCGUUUCUUAUUAUUGAAUCGUUCGCUCGGAUCCUUUCCCCCUCGAUAGUCUGCAUCCACUCGGGAACCUUUUUUAGUUAGUUAUACCUGGAUUCUUGUGACUAACAGCGUUUUUCUUUUUCUCCGCCACCCCUCUUCACACCGACCACUACAGUCCUUCACUAGUUGCAUCCUGCACCCCAAAAGGUUCAUCGAAGUCUGGGGAAAGGAAAGCUUUUUUCACUUGUCACACCCAACUGGCGUUCUCUCUCCUGCAUCCCUGUCUCUGUUUUGUAACUUAUUCCCUCCUUGUCAAUCUGCAAUUUGUCAGUCUUGUGGACGGGCCCGUCGGCUUAACUAUAUAGAGGCCUGUUCCAACGGACUACCUCUCCGUCACUAUGUCUGCUGCUACUACCCCUUCCUCCUCGCCCGCAAUCCCCGUCAACAAAGCCUCCUUCUCUCGACCUUCCACCAUUUCUUCUAGAGACCAUUCUCCAGCAACCUAUUCUCGCUGCUCCUCUCCUGAUUCCUCAUGUUCCUCCCCCCGCCCGUCCAAACACAGCAGUCGUCGUGAGUCGUUUGGUUCCAUCAAGGAAGACAUUGACGGAAUUGCUCAAUCAUUCGUGGAUACCCACCUCGAUCAGUCGCAAAAGGAGCUCCCCAGGCCGAACCCCUUUGAUAUGCAACACACUCCAGAGUUUUGCUGCCCUUGUGGAGGAUUUCUAGGAUGGAAGCAGAUUCGCCUGGGAGGCAAAUCCCUUAGCAAGAGUUAUAGCGAUAUCCGGGGGCUUGGGAGUAUGAGCACACGUGGUUGGGCCUGGGAAAAUGCUCCUCCCGUUAACAAGACCUUGCGGGUGAAGGAACAGAAACCACAGCCGGGCAUCUCUCCUCUGGAGAAGCUUCCCCCAGAGGUUCUUGAUGAAAUCAUAUCCCACCUCGCAUUGGACGUCCCUCCCAACGGAUAUACUCCACGAAAUGUGGACCUCGUUGCGUGCCUGCUCACAUCCCGGACGUUGCACGCCGCAACUCUCAGCGUGUUGUAUCGAAACAUGACCUUCCCGCAUUCUAUCAUCUUCUCCAAGGCCCUUAACCACCUGUCUCAGUAUCCUGCAUUAGGCACGCUGGUUCGUCGCCUCGAUUUCUCUCAUUUUACCUCCGUUGGCCUGGGCCGUACCAAGCAGAUGAACUCCGAAAUCCAGAACCUGACAGCCACAACCCUCCUCAAGUGCUUGGAGCUUCUGCCAAAUCUCAAGGAGUGCUUGCUCCAGGAGCACGUUGAAGGUGACUUGAGCGUGGAAGUUAUUCAAAAGCUGUUGACUGGUCUUCCUAACUUAUGUGCUAUCGACUUCUGUGGCUGCUCUUCCCAUUCCUUCGCCUCCUUUUUCCAGCAGGCCUUGACUACUGGAUCUGGGCUUCCCCUCACCCUACCAAACCUGAGGCGUGUUUCGCUCCACGAAUGCAGCGGCAUCCCAUCCUCAGCCUUCGAACUUCUUCUUCCCCGUCUGGUUAAUCUGACUCACCUCGAUGUCACUAAUACGCAGAUUACUGAGGAUGCGUUAUUCUCCCUCCCAGAGACCGCCAGGAUUACUCAUUUGAGCCUUUCUCGAUGCAUUCGUCUGCGCGGACCGAAGGUGGUGGAGUUCUUGACAACUCACCCAGCUGUGUGUGAUUCCUUGGUGUUCUUGAAUGUUAUGACUGAUGCCACACGGUAUCGUACAUUGGAGGAGGAGGACGUGCAUGGGCUCCUUCCAAAGCUUCCAUCCACGCUUCGCUCUCUCAACCUCGGUGGUGCCAGGAUCACAUCUGCUCAUACCAAGGCUUUGAUUCCUUUGACCAAGCACCUAGAAGAGUUAGGCCUGAGUUCAGCCGACCUGUCUGCCCAGGACCUCAAUUGUUUCUUCGUGCCAGCUUCGCAGCUAACAGAUGGGCAUGGUGCCGACAAUUUUGAUGACGUGGCUACCUGGAUGCCUUCUACUCUUUGCUAUCUCGAUCUUAACAAGGCGCCACGCCUGUCCAUUGGCACAAUCUUUGCCACUUCCAACCUGCUGCUCUCGAAGCAGAGCUACCCCCUUCAGGUUGUUGAAUUCAGUGAUAAGCUCAUUAUUCCCUUGAGGGAGAAAGCCAAGAAUCCUAGAUCCUCUCCGGGCUGGACGGUCCGUGAACUCGGACGCCGUGGAUGGUAUGUCCGUGACCCUACUUCCAUCCCCGAAGCUAUCCCAGAUGACGGCUCGCGCUCCUGGAAAAUGGGCGCUAGAUGGUGGGGAAUGAGAAAAAUCCCCGUGGCUGUUGGCGACGUGGGUGGGAUUUACGGCCACUACAUGUUCAAGCGGUGAACGUACUUUUUUGGUUUGAUUUGUGAUUCCAAAAAUGAAUUAAUAAUAUACCCUUGUGUCUUAUUCUCAUUUUCCUGGAAUUUUCGUGUUUGGGUUUGGGCCGGAUUCUAUGUUAUGUUUUCAUUUUGGUUUCUAUUUCAUCAGGAGCGCAGGUGCAAAAGUGAGGACUUGUACUUCAUUUUUCAGGCCAUGAUCUAGCGUUGAACUUUGGUUUGAUUGCAUAGCGGAGCGCAAUGUUUUGGAUGAUGGCAAACUGAUUUUAGCUAACUAAUAAUUCGAUGUAUCUGUUCGUGAUUAGCUUGGACGUUUCAUCUCUUCUCUUCUGGAGUUUGUAUGGUAUCUGAGUUUCUGGAGUCAGAGAGUAUGCUUACUAGGUUCAUACUAGUCAUUUCCUGGGGGGGGGAAAAAAAG